UUGAAUGCAUCGAGCCAUGAUAAAAAAUGUGCUGUAGAUAUUGAUGAUAUGUAUGAUUUUUUUUGAAAAAUAUAAAUGAAGAUACCGACAGUAAUGUACAUGAUAAUGCUACUGAUGUUGAUUCUCUUAAUUGUAUGGACGACAUCAUUUUGAAUUGUGAAAUCAGCGAGGACGAAAUAACAGCGGCUGUUGGAAAACUUAAAAACGGUAAAGCCGCAGGAUACGAUCUCAUUGUGAAUGAGCAUAUUUCUAAUACUUUGUCAUUAUUUCUACCAGUGUAUAAAAAGUUUUUUAAUAUAAUUUUUCACAAUGGGUUUGUACCAGAUGAAUGGUUAAUCGGUUUUGUGAAACCAAUUUAUAAAAACAAGGGUGACCCAACUCAGCCUGAAAAUUAUCGCCCAAUAUCUUUAUUAAGUUGCUUAGGCAAAGUUUUUACCUGUAUUUUAGCCAAUCGACUGGAGGUAUAUGCUGAAGAAGUAGGUCUCAUAAAAGAAAAUCAAGCAGGUUUCAGGAAAAAAAUUACUCAACAUUAGACCACAUUUUGACUCUGCAAUUUCUUUCAGAUUUUUUAUUGAAAAGAAAAAAGAAACUUUUUUGUGCAUUUAUCGACUUUCAGCAGGCUUUCGACACUGUUUGGAGAAAUGGCCUUUGGAGUAAGAUGAUAAAGAAUGGAAUAAAUGGAAAGUGUUUUAACUAUAUCCGAAAUAUGUAUAGCCGUUCUUGGCACACUGAUUUUGACUGCGGAUAACUCCGUUUACCUGAUCAGGAUAUAGGGCUCACGGCGGGUGUGACCGGUCAACAGGGAAUGCUUACUCCUCCUAGGCACCUGAUCCCACCUCUGGUGUGUCCAGGGGUCCGUGUUUGCCCAACUAUCUAUUUUGUAUUGCUUAUAGGAGUUAUGAGAUUGAUCACUGUUCGUUAUCUUCACUUUGCAUAUUGGUAUUAAAUCCUUAGUAAAGAUAAAUGGCACUUUUUCAGAGUACUUCGAAUGUAAUGUCGGUGUAAGACAAGGAGAAAAUUUAUCUCCAUUUUUAUUUUCCUUAUAUAUUGAUGACCUAGACAUUUUUUUUUAUUAGGAAAAGACAUAGUUGGGCUACAGAGUAUAGAGAGUGCAAUUGAAGAUGAAUUAAUGGUGUACGUGAAAAUGUUGAUUUUAUUUUAUGCUGAUGACACUGUUUUAAUGGCUGAGUCUGCCGAUGGUUUACAGAAUGCUCUGAAUGCUUUUGAUAUUUAUUGUAAACAGUGGAAAUUUAAUGUAAAUGUGGAUAAAACAAAUUAAAAAUAUUGAUUUUUUCCAAAGGUCCAUUGCUAAAGAAGGAGUUUUAUUAUAACAAAAAUAGUAUGGAAAAUAUAAAAGAAUUUAAAUAUUUAGGGAUUAUACCAACAAGGAACGGAACAUUUUGUAAAGCCAAAAAGCUCUUAUGUGAACAACCACAAAAAGCUAUGUAUGGUGUGAUACGAAAAAUUAGAAAAUUUAAUUUAUCUGUAGAAUGUCAACUUGAUCUAUUUGAUAAAGUGGUUGUACCUGUUUUACUUUAUGGAUGUGAAAUUUGGGGUUAUGAAAAUCUUGAUAUAAUUGAACGUGUACAUUUAAAAUUUUUGAAAACUAUUUUUAAUUUGAAAAGCUCAACUCCUAGUUAUAUGAUAUACGGAGAAUCUGGGCGUUUUCCAAUGUAUAUCAAGGUUUAUUCAAGAAUGAUUACAUACUGGGCAAAAUUGUUACACUCUAAAAAUAAAAUUGUUAAUAUUGUUUAUAGAUAUUUUUGUACCCAAUAUGAAAAAGUUGGAUAUAAAAACCCUUGGAUUGACUGUGUUCAAAAAUUUUAAACAUGUGUGGACUUUCAAAUAUUUGGAAUGAGCAAGGUUAUUGCGUAAAUGUUAAAUGUUGAUUUUAAAUGUUACAACAGUUAAUCUGAUUUUGAAAGAUCAAUUUAUUCAGAAAUGGUCUUCUGAUAUUGAUGAUUCUUCUAAGGGCCAGUUUUAUAAACUUUUCAAGCAUUGUUUUGGUUUAAAGAAAUAUGUACUUACUCUGCCUGUAAAAUUAAGAAAAUUAUUUAUGAAAUUUCGCACCUCAAAUCACCGAUUACCCAUAGAGACAGGAAUAUGACAUGGUAUUCCCCUGAAUGAAAGACUCUGUACAUUUUGUAAUAAAGGAGAAAUAGGAGAUGAAUUCCAUUUUAUUUUACAGUGUCCAACUUUUUCACAAUUAAGGAAAAAAUACAUAGACAAUUUUUUUAUGAAAGACCAAAUGUUCUGAAGUUUUCUAAUCUAUUGUCAACUCAAGAUAUGAAAAUAUUAAGAAAUCUCUGUGUUUUUAUUUCUCAUAUUUUUGAGAUUGUUUGUUGUUCUUCGUAAUUGUUCUUCUGCUACCCCUUAAACGUACUACUAUUAUGUUUAUUUAUACAUACAUUGUAUUUCAUGUUUCCCUCUGGUAUCUAAGAAAGCUGUAUUAUUCUAUAUAUGAACCUCUGACGAUUUUUCUUGCAUGUACAUUGCAUUAUAUUUAUUGUACCUCAUGUACCGUUUAACAGUUUAACACGGCUUGAGCGAAAUAAAUUGAAUUGAAUUGUCGGUUAUUAGUAAUGAUUAUAACAUUAACCAUUGAUUCCGUUGCCCAGCUCUGGCCACGCGAAGGUUCCCCAUUCACCCAGUCAUGUUAUUUUGAAUAAAAAUCUAAACGCCGAAAGUAAAGAAACUAAAGGCCUACUCCCUAAAGUAAAUAAUGUAACCCCAAAAUUGUGCUUUUACAAUAUUUUGUCAUUUUGAUUAAGAAAAAAAGGGAAUUAUGAUAAUACAGUCUUUUCGUCUUGAUGAUGGAAUGAUAAUGUUAAAUUUGUCGUUUCUCUUCGAUAAAUUCGGUAUCGGGUUCGUUCGCCCUCUCUACAUGUUCGCGUCCGUCCGUUCGCCCAGAGUCCGUUCGCCAUAAUUCUCGUUCGCCCCUAUCCUCGUUCGCCCUAUAUCCCGUUCGCCAUAUAUAUAUAUAGUAUAUAGUAUAUAUUAAGCUUUUUUAUUUUUUAAUUUUUUAAGACAUUUAUUACGUAUCGAUUUUUUUUUUCGCAAUUAACAAUUUUAUGUUUCUUAAAUAAAUAGACUGGUAUUUGAAUUCUGAUUGUAGUGUUUAUAAAAGACAUAAUUAGUUUAAAUGUAUGUUAUUUUUAAUACUGUAAUUUGGGGAAUCAGCUCCUUUGUUUUCUUAACGAUUCGCGAUGUUUUGAAAGCAAUAUUGAAGACAUUGAGACGUUAAUAGGCCCAUUAUGGAUAUGAGCACCGGUUUUAUCUUUGAAGAAUUUUUUGAUUUUCAACUACAAACCAGUCCUUUGAUCUCAAGAAUGAUUUAUAAGGAGAUGGAACUUGAAACUUCAUCAAACUACUAUCCACCAUGGCAGAGGUCAACCCCCCGUGCAUCUCAUGUGGCAGAGAAGUACGACCAAGGCAGCAUGCCAUCAGCUGUGAUGCUUGUGAAGGUUGGCAGCAUCGUCUGUGCAAUACUGGAAUAUCACUGCAACAGUACAACAAUGUCAAGUAUGGCAGAGAGGAACUUCACUGGUUCUGUAGACCAUGUGAGCAGAGGUACUGGCCUGCUAAUCCCCCAGUUCAGCCUGAUGAACCUGCAGAUGUUGAUCCUGAGCCCCCAGUUCAGCCUGAUGAACCUGCAGAUGUUGAUCCUGAGCCCCCAGUUCAGCCUGAUGAACCUGCAGAUGUUGAUCCACUUGAGGGAUCCUUUGACAUAGGUCAUCGUCGGGCUUCAAUUCGUCCAGAGCCCAUGGACACAUCACUGAAUGCAGAGCCUGAAUUGCCAGACGAAAUUCUACCUGAUGACGGUAUUAUCCAUUACAAGGUUUUGGAGAAAGGCAGUAAACGUGGGGGUCGACUGUUGGUUGCCAGCAAUGGAUUUACGUUUGGAGUAAAUAAGGACAACAAAUCAUCAAUUCUCUGGACGUGCAGCGUACGAUCAUCCAAAGUUCGAUGUCAUGCCACAGUUAGUCAGAAAGGAGACCAUUUCCGGGCAGGAGUUCAGCCAUACUGUCAUCCAGCAGAUCCAAACUUCCCAUCUACAAAGAAAUAGCAGCAAUGGUGAAGGAACGGAUCAGUAAUCAGCCAUAAUCCAGAGCCCUUGGUGUUGUGACUGAUGUCCUUACCAACUGUAUCCCAGAAGAACAGCGUUUCCUUGCUCCCAAGCAGAACCUCCUAAAGAGAACUGCCAACAAGUUCAGAUCAAUCAACACACCACAAGAACCCUCAGAUCUUGAUUUUGAGUUGGAUGUAGAUUUCCUGAAAUGUCAGGAUUUCUUAGUGGCAGAUCUAAGAGUUGGUGCCCAUAGACAUUUGGUAUUUGCCACCCAGUUCCAGAGGAACCUCUUGAAACAUGCGAAACUUGCAUAAAGCUAAAUUUAGAGACAAUUUAAAAUAAGGAUAUGCACUGAGGAUGAAAUAAAGUAAGAUAAAGUACUUUAAUAAAUAUCCUUUAAUAAUGAUCCUUCUUUUUUCCAGGGUGGCACAACCGAUUGAACACUAUGGCCAGGCACGGGGGAGUCCCUUUCUACAAGUUAGUGUCACAGUUGCGACAGGAGGCUGACAUUGUUGAUGUUACUGUUCGUUCUGGAGACUUAGAGAGGGAGAUCAAUCGUCGCUACACAUCUUUAGAGAAGAGGAUCCAGAAAGCGUGGGAUGAGUACAUGACAGAUUCAUGGUCUACAAGUCACUUCCUCCGUGCCAUCUCCAUGUUUUACAGCCCUUCAGUCGACACCACUGACUUCGAGUGAACUAAGUGACUUAAAAUCAUUCCGUGUGUCUUGAAAUGAAAAGUGAUUUCCUCUUGUGAAUAAUUCUGGAGCGACGUGACAUGACUGUUUGGUGUUCCAUGUGUUUGGUUGUGAUGUGAUAUGUCACAUAUUUUGCAGUUAUUAUUGUAGUGCUUGUCAAAAAUUUAUUGUGUAGUGCUUGUUAAAUAUUUAUUUUGUAGUGCUUGUUUGAUAUUUAAUUUGUAGUGCUUGUUUGAUAUUUAUUUAUGAUGAGAAUCAGACGAUAAAUAAAUUUUGAAACUUUC